ACACACACAUACACACAGAAACAGUGUGUGAGGCUCCAACCCCAACACACACACCCUCUCGUCUGCAGGAAGGGGCGCUCUGAACACUGAUGAGUGUGUGAGAAAAAGAGAAAAUAAAGAUCAACUCUGCGCUCUGUUCUCUUACUUGGGAUACACACAUGGACACACACACACACACACAUACACACACACACACACACAUCUUAGCAUGCUGGAGCCUGGAGGGUCUCAAGUCAAUGAUUUUGUAGCCUCAUUUUUAUUCUCUCUCUAAACACUCUUUGGACACACACGUGGCUGGAUGUGUAAGAGCUCACACACACACCUCACUGAUGAACAGACUGUGUGGAAGCUGGAGUAGUGCAUCCAGAAAUGUCCACGGAUGACUUCAUAUCUGUGGCUAUGAGAAUUCUGGACGAUCCAUAAUUUCACAUUUCUUAUCAAUCUGAGGACAAGGUUAAAUCUUUCUGAGUUGCCAUGAUACACUUAUACCACACUACGAACCCCGUCAAGAAGGUAUGUAUUAAGAACGUAGAUUAUACGACAUGACUGAUGUGUGAUUCGUUUUAUCAGCGUCUCAAGUCCUUAUCUACGCCAACCACAAUAGCAAGAUGAACAAAAGAAAUGGGCAAUUUUGCUUCUUCAUGCUGGCUGGUGGAGAUAAGAGCGAAAUCAAUUAACUCUCACAAAAUGGGCAUGCUUGUCCAAGUGGUAGACUUGAUUUUUCUAUGCUAGUGCUAGUAUUUUACCUGUUUUUUGGUGUUUUUUGACAAGAAGAUUGUCUUAGCCCCCCACCAGCACCCAUUGCUAGAGGGGCUACUCCGCAGAAAGAAUAAUUAGCCUUUCAGAAAGCACAAUAUCACUUCCAUGAUGCUGAAAUGCAGAGUUAAAAUGCAGGCUGUUAAUGUCCUAAAAAGCGAAAGGGAAGGAGGGAGGGAAUGAGAGCAAAAAAAAAAAAAAAAAAAUACAGUCUCCCAUCCCAGGCACCAUCCCCAUGCGCCUCAUCUGUCAGGACGUCACGCUUGCUUGCUCAGUUCAAUUCUCAUUUCGCUCUUUAUCGCAGCCCGCUGGAGCCCGUGCUGAGGAAAUUAUCUGGCCUGAACAGUGGUGAUAGGGAGACGCAGAGCGAGGACGGGGGCCGCCGCCGCCGCCGCAAGGUGAAAGGAAAAAAGAUAGAAAGAAAAGGGGAAGGCGCCAAUGACAUCAUGCCCUCGUCCACUAUGCAGAUCUUCGCCUUCAUCCUGGCGCUGCUCGGGGUUCUGGGUGCCACCAUGGCCACGUUGCUGCCCAACUGGAAAGUGAGCAUCUCCAUGGGCUCCAACAUCAUGACGGCAAUCUCGCAGAUGCAGGGCCUCUGGAUGGACUGCACUUGGUACAGCACGGGUAUCUUCAGCUGCACGCUGAAGUACUCCGUAUUGGCGCUGCCUGCUUACCUUCAGACCGCCCGCACCACCAUGGUCCUCUCCUGCCUGUUGGCGACGCUCGGGCUCUGGCUGGCAGCCCUGGGGCUUAAAUGCACUCACUGGGGUGGUAGUCAAAGCUCCAAGGUACAAACUGCGAUUGCUGCGGGAACAUGCUUUGUCCUUGCAGGCUUCCUGUGUCUUGUGCCUGCAUCCUGGUUCACCAAUGAGGUCAUCACCACCUUUAAGGACUCCAAAGUACCCCAGAGUGGAAAGUACGAGCCGGGAGGUGCCGUUUACGUGGCGUUUGUAUCGGCCGGGUUUUUCUUAGCCGGAGGUGUCAUUUUUUGUCUGUCAUGCCCCAGAAAAAGGGAUGGCGCCACAAAUUGCGGGUUAUCCAACCCUGACAAGUUAAUAACGCAGGAGCAGCAGAAAAAGGAGCAUAGAGAACAACAGAGCCAGACUGAGCCACCGGAGCCGGAGCUGAAACACAAAGAGAACCCGGUGCAGGAGAAACUCCAGCUGGAAAAGCAGCAGCAGCAGUACUACUCCCCAUCUCGCAAGCGACCUCAGGACACCAAGGCCCUCUAUAGCCUGCAGGACUACGUCUAAAACCCAGAACCCAGUCUCAGGGAACAAGGCUCAGGAUUUACACUCGGCUGUCAGAAGCGAUGAGAGAAGGAAAGAGGGAGGAGUGAUGACGCCAUCUACGCUUCUCUCCCCCUUUCGUCAGUUCUUUCAUGUACUGGGACCGUAAGCGUAAGUGGAGGUGUUUCCAGAACCUAAGCAAGAACUGUGUAUCCUCAGGUGAAACCCACGCUGCCGCAAUGAACAUUAAAAAGGAGCCAUGAAAAAGUUCUGUGUUUGGGUUUGUUAGAGAUAAUGCUGCUACACGCCAAAGCUUUGAACUCAAGUCUGCAUGUGGCUGACGGCUGAAACCGUUUAAUUACAUUGGGACCUUUAGAAAACGUGCCCAAAUAAGCUUUUCAUUCAAAUAAGCUAUUCUUGCUGUUUAUAGCUUGAUAUCAUUGCAGAAUGCUUAGCAGAUAUGAGAAAACACGUUACACCGUUUAGACACGGUGUGAAUGGCAGAAUAAAAGUCUAAACUCCAGCGCAGAGACAGCACAAUGUCCUGUCCGUAUUUUCCAGUGAGUCUGGUGGAGGUGAAACAUAUUGAAGCGCACAUCAUCUGAGGUAAUGAUGCUCUUUGCUUUCCCAUUAGCUUCGCUCCGGAUGGGCGCACACUCCUCAUUUAUUGCACGUAAGCACAGAUGCGAGUGUGUGUGUGUGUGUGUGUGUGUGUAUGCAUACACACAAUCGAGUUCUCCUCCUCCUCCACACACACACACACACACGCAGUCUUGCUGCAGGGGUAAUGGGGUCUUGCACCCAAUCAUUUUUACCGUGUGUGACCGCCUGUCAUUGGUGCAGGAAAUGCAGCAGAGGCUGUUCUGAGGGACGCUGGCAUUGCUGCGGCGUGUUCUCUCCCUCGUGGACUGAAGAGAAACGAGUCCCCUUUAGCCACAUCUGAACCCUUUAAUAGGUUGGCAAAACAUUCCUCGCCAUAGGUCACGGUUUACAGAGAGAAGGGGUGUAUUUUUAGAAUAAAACCUAAAGAAGCACUGUAAGGACUAGAAGAGUUUCACUUACAGAAAAGGGCUUGAUUUGUUAUGUUUAGAGACAUUUAUUGUCGAGUGGCCAAGACAUGUUUAGCGUAUGAUGCUUGUUUCUUUAGAUUUGUCUUGAGGUCAUGAGAUUACAUUCGUUUAAAAAAAAUAAGAAGGAUCAUAAAAAAUGCAUUUUAUUUUGUAUUUAGUCCCGCCUUGAAUAAACUAUUUCACAUAACAGAUGUUUACAUAUAGCCCACAAGACACAAUAAUAACCGAAUUUACUCAAAUGAACCCGUUCAAAAGUUUACACACCCUUGAUUCUUAAUCCUGUGUGUCGUUACCUGGAUGAUCAACGACUGUGUUUAUGUUUUGUGAGAGUUGUUCACAAACAGAUCCAUCCAUUCCGUCCUGAAUAAGCUAUUUCACAUCACAGAUGGUUACAUAUAGUCCAUAUGACAAGAUAAUAGCUGCUGAAUUUAUAAAAAUGACCCCGUUCAAAAGUUUACAUACCCUUGAUUCUUAAUACUGUUUUUAUAUUUUGAGUCCCUUGUUUGUCCUGAGCAGUUAAACUGCCCACUGUUCUUCAGAAAAAUCCUCCAGGUCCUGCACAUCCUCUGCUUUUCCAGCAUCUUCUACAUAUUUAACCCCUUUCUAACAGCAACUAUAUGAUGUUCAGAUCAGUCUUUUCACACCAAGGAUGACUGAGGGACUCGUACAUUCGCAACUAUUACAAAAGCUACAAACAUUCACUGAUGCUCAAGAAUUCAAUACGAUACGUUAAGAGCUGGGGGGUGUAAACUUUUCAACAGGAUGAUCGGUGUAGAUCAUUUAGUUCUCCACUUCAGGAGCUACAUAAGAUAUUGACAUGUUUCCCAGAAGACAAAAUCAUGUAAAUCUACAUAAUGAGAUUGUUGAGUCUAUGAAGAUUUGGAAGUGUUUUACUGAAGGAUUCAGGAAAAGCCAGGCUUCCAUUACUUGUUUCAGCAACCUUAGCCUUACAGCUCCUGUGCAAAGAUAAAGAAGCAAACUCAACACCAACGUCUUGUCUGAUCAAAUUCGUUACAUUUCAGGUGAGGAGGAAAAUGAUAUUUGUAGAUGAUAUUUUAGUCAAAUGGUUUCUGUUAAAGUAACGAUCUAACAGCCAUGCUGUUCAGCCUCGUCUCACCUUUAACCUUUAAGCUCUUCACUGAAAUAACAACGUGCGCUUCAGGUACUGGACCACUGAAACCAAGCCUUGUCUCAUACAGACAGCAAGAAUUGAUAUUUAUUAUAUACCACAGUGCUGGUUGUUAUGAAAGGAGUCUCCAGAGUCCACAUUUCUUUAAGUUUUCCAACAUGGUGAAAAAAAUCGACAGGAUGUAAUGUUUUGCUUUUUGUUUUUUUCUUCUCUAUAAUAAGUUGCAUAUUUUUGUUGUUGGUGUCUUAUUCAUUUCGAAAGUGUGAAAAGACAGCCUGGUGUACGAAGGAGCUGCUAUAACAUAAGCGAUAACAGGAACGAACCUGUUUUGCGGCUGUUCCGCAACAUUAAACGUAACUAGAAUUGGAUAAACGAGGAACGAACCUUUCUUUAAUGCAUAAAAUAAAACUGUUUCCAAAUCGCUUCUGUAUUCCCGGAACAAAACAAAUUUGUAUUCCUUAAAUAUUAUCGGCCGAUGGAAUUUCUCGAGCUUGUCUGUAGCGUUUGUGUUACGCUCCUCUCGUUUAUGUAAUGGAAUCUCAGUUAAAGUCAUACGGUUUGUAGUGCUGUUCACGUACGCGAGCACACCUGCUUCACGUUUUGACAGAAAAGAAACAAUAAAAGCGGGAAAAACCUCUCGGUUCGGGGGGAGUUUGUCUUUUUCGUGCGAUUAAGACAGUAUGAAGGGACGUCAGUUCAUAGAACUUGAAUUGAGCCUGAAUUGUGUCCUUUGUCCUUUUACUUCACUCUGCAUGUGGGCAUAAGAUAAAAUGACGCCUAACGGCAAACCGCAGCGUGUGUUCGUCAUAAAUUAGAUCCUCCAGCCAGUGAUUUUAAUAGCAGUCAAUGUUUUAUUAAACUUUUUUUUUUUCUUCCUUUGCUUGAAUUUUUUUUGUUUUAAACGAUCCCUUCAUGGCACAGAUCAGGGAAUGCAUAUAUGAACAAAAGUAUGCAUACACAAUGUCAUUCUAUGUGGAUUCAUAUCUUUCUCAGUUUUGCCUACAGUAUAUGUUCUGUGGUUCAGCAGCAAGUGUAGAGGUUUGUUUUUCGUACCGAUUAAAGCACAAGCCUGUAAACUUGUCUUUGUGUUGUGAUUUGUGUGAUUGUUGGGCGAAUGUCAUUGAGGACAUGAUGACAGCAAAUUUGACAAACGCUUAAGAAAAAUUGUUUCCGAUCCAAAGAUUUGCAGGUGAAAUAAAACUCAGCACAAAGGACGCAUAUUCAAAAGAAAACGGAUCAGUGGAGCUGCAGACCUCAGUAACGGGAGUGUGUGUUACGAGGUGCCUCGGUGAGCCGAGGGUCACACCACUGUGUAUGAGGAUCCGUCUCCUCCCUCUGUGAAGCGACAGAGCGGCAAACACACUCCAUUUACACGCCUGACUGAUCUCGCCUUAGUGAAGUGACUGACAUUUACCUCGAGCAGAUCAUCAUCACACCAGCUGCUGGAUUUACACUUAAAUGAUAUUGGCACUGAUGAUUUCCCUGCUGAAGGCUGGUGUAGAGAUGAAAACAUUGUUUGAGUACAUUUAUUUGUGAAUUUAAAACACAAAGUAAUAGUGCUGUUUCUACACAUUAAUGAAAAGGUUCUUCAAACAUUCUCUGUUUUUUUUGGGUUUUUUGUUUUUUUUUAAGCUCUAGGUCUCUCCAGAGAUGUAAGACUUGUAAUCUUUUGGGCAAGGAAAACAUUUCUAUGGAGGUAACAAACCAAAGAAGCCUAUAGGAUGCUAGAUUGAA